CCCGGGGGUCUUCGCGACGCUCAUGUUUCAGAUGCCCUCCGUAGUGCAAGGAGGCGUGUUCACGGUUUUCGACCCGUCAUUAUCGCCGCCGGAGUCAUCUCGAUCCCCAUUGGCCGACGCUGGGAACGGGUCUACCGCGUCCGAGGAUGACGGCAAGGGUGGGCGUAGCGUUUCUUUUUCAGGCCCCAGCAUGUACUACGUGGCCUUCUACACGGACUGCGAGCGCCAGCUCUCCCUCGUCACCGAGGGAAACCUGCUCACCCUCGUGUAUAACCUCCAGCGCGUGUCGCCGCCCGGCGGUGGCGGCGGCGCCGGGGGCCGGCCGUCGUCGUCUUUGAGGGGAUCGGUGAGACCGGAGGGGGCGUUAUCGCCGACUGCGUUGGCAAUGCCGGCGGGAGAGAAGUGGCACUGGGCUGCAGCAGACGCCAACUUUUUCGCCCCCGGAGCUGCUGCUGCGGCGGCGGCGUCUGGUAGCGGUGUCGCAGCUGCUGCCGCAGCGGCGGCGGCCGCCGCCGCCGCUGCUGCUUCCGCUGAAGCGUCUGGGGGUCUCGCCGGGAUUGGGAGCUCUCCAUGGUCAAAUGUGGCGCCGGGCGAGACGGCCGUCGCGACGAGGAGCGCGGCGAGCACGCACGCGCUCUGGCCCCGGGCGGAGGCCGACGCCGUCCGGAGAAGGGCGGCGGUAUUCGUUGAACCGCCCGCGGUGCCGCAGCCGGCCUCCGCCGAGCAUAUCGCGGAAAUCGUCCAAGCUGUUCGGAGCUGGGCGGCGGCGGGGGCAGCAGCAUCCGGAGGGGGCGAAGACGAUGUUGUUGUUCCCUCGAAGCUAGUCGUGGCACUCUCGCACCACUACCCGCCGUCGUGGUGGGCGUCAGAAGGAGGCGGAGGCGGCCUGGUCGGCAUGUCCCUCCUGAAGGGGCGUGACCGAGCCGUCUGCAACCUCUUGCGCUUAGCGCGGCAGGCCCUGGCCACGGAUCCGGCUGUGCCAUCAACCGAAGGGGCCGACAAGGGAGAAACGGCAGGGGCGAUGGAGGUGGGUACGGAGAAAGUGAAAGGGUUAGGGCGAGGGUCGGCGGCGGCAGCGGCGGCGGCAGCGGCAGCGGCAGCGGCGGCCUCACCGUCGACAGCUCUGGAUGCUGGAGGUAGGAAGGAAGGGGGGAGAUCAGAUGGUGCUGGUUCUGCAACGUGGAAUGGAGAGAGCGGCGUUCGAGAUGACGGGGCGGCUCUCGAGAUCUUUUUGACGCGAUUGGUGGUGUCGUACGGUAGCGAGAAGGAGGGGGCUUUCACCACGGGGCCCCUUGUGCCCCUCCAGCCUGGGGACCCCGAAGCUGAGGUGGAGCUGCCGAUGUGGGUGGAGGAAGGCCCGACGUUUCAAGGGCUCCAGCUCCUGCCGGACCAGGCUUUGCCGGUGGACAUCGCCUCCGAGGUCUUGCACUCCGGAGGUCUCGCCGCGCUUGCGGACCUCCAAGGCAGCUACGCGGAGGUGUUCUCUAGGGGACCCGAGGCGGUCGAGUUUCUCGGGAGAAAGGUCGACGAGUUGUGGCAACUCGAAGACUCGCCGGGCGCUUCUCUUAGCGGGGGGGUGGGGGCGGGCGAGGGAAGGCAGGCGAGGUUCUACACUCGUACGGCCAUUGUCUUCUGGCCGAAGGCGAAGCGAGCCGGG